GAGAAAAGCUGUAGGCAAUGGUAGCCAAUAGUGAGUGGAGGCAGACAACGCAAUGGAGGCUCUCAAGGUCUGGACACUCUCUUCUAAGCCAUUUCGCCACCUCCUCCACUUAGCUUCUUCCAACACCACAACUAGACCUUGCUACUCCACUCUGGUUCUCCGCUCCUCCUCCUCCAGGGUCGGCGGACGCAAUCGCAGGUCCUGCUCCUCCUCUUCUUCUUCUUCCUCCGCGUCAGACCGUGAAGCUGUCCGCACUAUUAGGCUUAAAAAGAUUGAAGAACUGAGGAGCAAUGGCCUUGAGCCCUACGCCUAUAAGUGGGAUAGGACUCAUACGGCUAAUCAAUUACAAGAGAUAUACAGGCAUCUAGCCAAUAGUGAAGAGUCAAGUAACAUGAGCGAUCAUGUGUCAAUAACAGGCAGAAUUGUUGCUCGCAUAGAAUUUGGAAAGCUUGCCUUUUUGACACUAAGAGAUGACUCAAGGACUAUUCAGCUUUACUGUGAAAAGGAAAGGCUCUUAAAUGGUCAGUUUGAGCAAUUGAAGACACUUGUUGAUAUUGGUGAUAUAUUGGGUGCCAGCGGUUCAAUGAAACGCAUGGAGAAAGGUGAAAUUUCAGUUUGUGUUAGUGCUUUCACUAUUCUUACAAAAUCCCUACUUCCAUUGCCGGACAAAUAUCAUGGCCUAACUGAUGUAGCUAAGCGUUACCGCCAACGAUAUGUUGAUAUGAUUGCAAAUCCUGAAGUUGUUGAUGUCUUUCGUAAAAGAGCCAAGAUUGUUUCUGAGAUUCGCAAGACAAUGGAAUCACUAGGUUUUGUUGAAGUUGAAACUCCAGUUCUGCAGAAUUUGACGAUUCAGAACGCGUCUCCCAGGGUUUUGGGACACAGUCAUCCCGCGAUUUGGGGCUCGCGAUCCAGAAUGCGGAACCUAGGGGAUGUGGAUGGAUUUGAGAGGACGCUUGGAAGAGCAAGUGAGGCAGCACAAUGAGAAGAGGGCAGCAGCUAUUUUAGAAUCAGAACGUGCGGAAGAGAAAAAAAAAUGAACACGAGGAUGAUUCAUGUGAAGUCACACUUGAUGAUGACUUUUUAACUGCUUUGGAAUAUGGAAUGCCUCCUGCUUCAGGAAUGGUAAUCAUCCUUCUAGCAUUGCAUUUUUCUUUUUCAACGAUAUUGUGAACGAAGAUGACUUCUUUCUAUUAAAAAGGAUGCUUGUACAGCCACUGAAAAGAAAAAAAUGAUGCUUGUACAAAGGCUAAAAGAGGUUCUUCCAGCAUUGAUACCUCUGAAGAGUAUGAUAAAUAUUAAAUUUGUUUUGCAUAACAGAAAGUUAUUCUCGACUAUCAAGAUGCUAUUGAAUCCUGAGGUGUCCACACACCUUGCUCAUUUUAAAAUGACAAAGACAGUUAUGUUGCA